GUAUCGUGAACCAGUUGUGUAAUAUCACCAGAGAAGCAAGAUGGCGCGUCUUUCUGUCACUUUGGCUCUGUUGUUCCUCGCCUGCGCGUGCGCUAGUCCAGUGCCUGGCAAGAUAAUUUUAGCGAAGAACAGUUCAAUUGGCUCUGGUUUUGGAUUUGGUGUCUUGGGUGGUCGUGCGCAAUUGGACAGUGAUAUGGCUGCGAAGGCUGGAGUACCUCUUGAAGCUGAAGCACCCAUUCCUGGAGAAGCAGGUGACACAGAUAUAGCGCUGGUAGAGAACGUGAACACUGGAUCUGCCUUUUCUGCGGCUGGUGGAAGCGCCACCGGAGUCUCCAAGAACAACCAGGACGCCCCUCAAAAACCCUUCCCCAUUAAUAAUAAUAUGUUUGCACCUUUUGGUCAUUAAGUGAUAACAUUUUGAUCUAUGUAGACUGAAUUCAACUGUCUUUCAGUAUUUUUUUUAAUGAAUAAAUAUCGGAAU